AUGAAUCUUUGCCACCUUUUUAAGGACACCAAAUCGCUGUCACCUAGCAGCGCCUGCAUAAAGCAUACCUCGAAAGUGGUUCACCCGAGCACUGUCAACUUCAGAAUUACGGACAAAAGCAAACGUGUGCAUUUCGGUUGUGAGAUCUGCGGAAGAGAGCCAAAACUGAUGUGUACUGGAUGCAGUGAAACGUACUACUGUUGCCCUAAACACUGCAUCCUGGAUUUCCACGCCAUUCAUAAAUACGUCUGCACCAAAAUCAAAGUAAUUCGCAAUCCAGACUGCAAAAGCGAAAUAUGGAAACGUUUUACAACCGAAGAAGUUAACGCCAUUCUCCAAGGAAGGAAACAUAUGGUUCUAAAGUUGGCUAACAAUAUGGCACAUCGUAACCUGCAUCGCGGAAAUUACCUUUUUGCGAUUCCAUGUUCGUUGCUAUCCCAGAAGCUGACUCUCGAGUUGUUUGGUGACCUUUACUGUCUGGAAAUGGUGGGACCCUAUUUGACCAUGGCCGCAGCUUAUUUGGCGCGCAAGAAGCUAAAGAAAAGCCAGUUUUACUGCGGUCUCGUAAAUCAUGUUAAACUGGCAAAGUUGCACGGAAGGCUGCCCAAGAACGAGGAGCUACAAUUACAGAUUCUGACUGCGCGGCAGUAUGUGGAAGAAGGGAAUUUCGGAAUGGCAAUGAAUAUUUUGACAGAACAGGUUGCGGAACUCUCCUUCGAUCGCGGGAGUAAUUCUCAGGAACUCCUGGAUGGCUUAUUUUAUCUUGGAUAUUGCUGCUUUGUAUCGCAUAAUAUCGUUUCGGCAAAUGCAUACUACUGCUAUAUAUUUUCGACAGUUCUUUUAAACGAUCUGACCAAAGCUUCACUGCUGCUUCAUCAAGCUAUUGAAGAACAACUUAACCCCCUUAUAAAGCCAGGAAUGAAAAUGGGUGAUGAGCACGUCCAUCGACACAGCUCGCCAACUCCUGCACCUUAUUCGGAAAGAGCAUAUCAAGUUUAUCUGCAACGAGAAUGCCUCUUAACCUAUUUGCGAACAAUAUGGAAGCAGUUCGAAAUGGCCAACAAAAAAGAUUUUCCCGACAUUUUUCCCAUGGUUCAUUACUGUAUCGCCAUAAUUCUCUAUGCCUGCAAUCAGUGGAAAGAGGCUUCUGAUUACUACCGCGAAGCAGAACGGCUGACUGGAAACGAUCGGGCAUUCGAGUUUCAGCAAAUGCGGAAACCUUUGACUUUUCUAAAAAAACAUGUGGACUACUGUCUUACAAAGCAUGACGUUACCAUGGAUGAACAGCCAGCUAAAAAACAAAACUCCGUAACGGAGAAUCAACCAGCCACAGAUACUACCGUUACUUCAUUUGAUGAUGAACUAGGAGAGACGCUAAAACAAUUAGCUGCAAAGAUACGAAGCUAUGAGAUGGAUCUAGCUUUACAUAAUUCUGACUUUAGAAACAACAAAGUGCUCUUGCAUUAUGUAGGAGUUUUAUAGUUAAGGAAGCGUUAGAAUACAUUCUUGUUUUACUGGGUGUUCAACCAAACGAUUUUAAUUACGUAUGAAGAACUGGAUUUCUUACUAUAUACUUAUUUAAUCGCAAAAGCUUGAUCGGAUAGGACGCCUACUCAAAACGUGUGGUGGAUAACGCAUUACGCUCUUCUGUUGUUAAUGAUGUCUGUGAUGACUUCCAAUGUUCCCACACUUCCGCACCCAUGGAGAACAGUGCAAGCACCGAGAAAGUGGCUUCUAAACUGGAAAAUCUUCGUCAAAAUAUCCAGCAUGUUAUUUUGUCCAUUGACGCAUUUUUGCACCACAGCGCUGCAAUGUCCACCGGCGAGAUAUUGUUUCUAAAAAGGCAGUUUCUACAGCUUCGCAAAUAUCUUCCCCGUUCUGUCCUACUGGACCAACGGGCUGAGCGGGAAAGUAGCGAUAGUGCAUUUCAGAUAGCAAAUGCUAGAUACAAACGUCUAUUGAACACCAAAGCUGAAGCCAGUUUUCGCCAUUUGGGUUUGAAAAUCAAAAUGGAUUGUAUCUGGAAAAGAUUUCACGACGUUGCGGUAUAUGAUUAAUCUGAUCUGCAUUAGCACCCAAGGGAUUUUGUUAAAACAACUAGCCGAGGGCUGUGCUAAGAUUUGUAUGGAAACCAGUAUUCCAGGUGGAUUAUCUCUUAUCGAUCUUUGUUCUCCGAUAUCUUCCUGCUCAAUGUUUAAGGCCGGAUGCGUUCUCUUUGCGUUGCAUCCUGGAGGCAGCGAAUCAUUGUCAACGUUAUUGAACGAAUUGUUCCAAUUCUUAUUCUGUGCUGGGGUCCAGCGACAUAUUAAAGCUGUACAUGUUGGAUUAUCCAGUGGAUUGGCUGUUAAACCGGGUUCAGUCAUUGUGACGCGAAACAUCUACAAUGGACUGUUCCAGACUUCCUGCCAGCAAAGUGUACUGGGAAAAGAGAAGAAAUUGCCAAACGCCUUAGACGAAGAAUUCGUUCAAGAAUUGCUAAAAUGCGGAAAAAUCCAAGUCUUGGAAUACCGGUCAUCGAUGGCAACACCUUAAGUGUCGAUGGUUUUUACGAAGCUGAAGGACGUCUAGCGGGAGCUUUUGCCGAUUACAGUCAUGUUGAACGCAUAAAUUUUUUUCAAAAAUGUCUGACAAAGUACGGUAUCUGCAACUUCGAUCCAGAGGCACACACUUUUGGGGGUAUAACUCGCCAUGCUGGAAUUGCCGCUGCAGUGCUGAGUAUAGUAACCGUGGAUCGGUUUACGGAGGAAUCAACGAACCAUGAGGGAGAGGAAAAUGUUAUAGAAUGGUAUUCGAGGCUGCAACGUCUCCUCGAAAACUAUUUUUGUGAAAAUAUAGCAAACUGGUCUCAGAAAAGAGAACCGGAAGUUGACGAGGAUCGCCUGCUGCAAUGUGUCACCUCGGAGAUGGUUACCAUGGCUGUUCUUAAAAGACAGAUCGUCGCUGCUUCCGAAAAAUUAUCAGAUGAAAUUUCAGUUAAUCACUGCGCUCAUCACUGAGAUCUCAACUUUAAUCCUAGUAUUCAAUUCCAUACCAUCAAAUAAAAAUCAAUUUAAUUAAAAUGUGGCCAAUACUGAGCAAGGACGAUCAAAUUAUCGUAGAAAACUCCCAGAACCCA